UGCUGCACUUUAGAAGUGCUUCCUGUGGUCACCUGGACAGCGUUCAAAGACAAAAAAAGUUUUUAAACGCAACUUUUCCAAUGCUUUAAAGAAAGCUGGUGUAAGGUUUUCAUUUUGGAUUCUUUUAUCGCAGACGACGCGAAAGUGGAGCACUUGGCACAGUAGUGCCAUAUGUGGGCAAGAGAGCAGGCGAUAGCUCCUUGAGGAAAAUGAAAACUGCAGUAUCAGAACAUCAGCUCUAAAUACCAAUGGAAAGGCCUUACAAGCUCAUAUUUGUACUUAUAACAGCUAUAGCCCUAUGCAAAUACUCCCAGGCUGAAUGGAAUGCAACAAAAGCGUCAGCAAACAAGACUGUAUCCUGUACUCCCCAUGACAACAGCAGCAACUGUGCAGUGACCAAAGAGACCCAUACAUGGAAUGGCCAUUUCUCCAAGUGUCCAGAGAAGUACAAGCACUACUGCAUUCAUGGCAUGUGCCGCUUCGUCACGGAGCAGAACACCCCGUCCUGCCGGUGUGCCAGUGGAUACACUGGUUCCCGGUGUGAAUAUUACCAGUUUGACUGGCUCAUAGGAGAUAAGAGGCAGAUCAUCAUUGCCUGUGUAAUUGCAGGGCUUGUUCUCCUCAUCAUUCUGCUUGUGUUCAUCUGCGUAUGUACACAUCGACCGAAACUCUGCCGAAAAAAGAAGAGAAGGGAAGAGAAUAAAGAGGAUGAGAUUGAAAAGCUUCGCACCAUAAUCUCCAGCGAGGCCUCGGCUCCGGCGUCUGAAACGGUGGCCACAAAUGAGGUGUGAGGCGGCCGGCGCAGCUCCUCUGAUGUCAUGUCACUCAUGUGCCUUGGUGGCGAUGUCAUCAACAAUGCACCGCUGAAGGUUUCCAUUUCUCUAGCAGUCAGAUUUUCGCUUGGGGCAGAUCAAUCAUAUCCUUUUUGCUCGGACCCGUUCGUCUCGCCAAAACACACUCAAAGUGGAACUCCCACAGCUGUCACAGACAGAUGGAUGGGAAUGGAAGCAAAUUCCAGUAACGUGGCAGUACUCUGGGAAUUACCUGGGAGAGAGAGUCGGCUCAUCUGGAGAACGCGUGACCCGAUCUUUCCACACCCUUAUAUAGACACCAAGGAAGAAGAGCGCUCUGAGCUGAGUACCUCUGCUGUCAGAUCCAAGGCGCAAAGCCUCUUGGUCUUCGUCUAAACGGAGUAGAGAGAGGGAUUUGUCUGCGAUGCCAUGCAGGCAAGCUCAUGUGGUAAUGGCAUGUGGGUGGCCCUGUCGUAACAACACACAAGAAAGUCAGACAAAGAGAAGUCUACACUUCAGCCUUAGACUACUGAGGCGAUGUGUUGAUUGGGAAUAAGUGACAGUGAGGGCAAAAAAGAAAGAAAGAAAGAUAGAGAGAGAGGAUCCUCAUCCCUCACCACAUAGAACGCUGUCAUUUACUUGUCUGUUUUUCAUGAUGAAAUUGAUGUUCGGGAGUGCUCAACAAAAGGGGCUGUCUCUUGCUGGACAAGCAGACGGCCCCGAGGAACGAUAGCUCCCAUUCCUCCCGCAAUCUAAAGUUUUUAUUCAGCCAGAAGAAGGCAAUUGGAAAUGUGUGCAGCAGCCCUUGAUGGCGAUCUCUGGUGUAGAUAAAGACAAGUGAGUGGGUGGCGGUAUGACAACACGGAACUGAGCUAUUCGUGCCUCAGCAGCUGUGGGGAAAAAAAAGGGAUUAGCUGUGGGCCGGGGUGACAUGGGUUGUCAUAAAAUAAGGUCUAAAGGCCCGGUGAGCAUGCUGGUUGUUGGAACUCUCAUAACAUUCUCUUUCUUUCCACACGCAACACUGUUAGUGUAGAUGCGUUUACACUUAGAGGCUUGAGAUUUUCAUGAUAUUAUGUCCAGAUUAAUCAAGUGGUUUACCUCACAUUGCUCCUUCUUAAGAGUUACAAAUGUUUCACUUGUUUGUCUCUUGCAAUUCAUUGUGUAAGGUAUUAUUUUGUGAUAUGAAGUCUUUAUUUUCAAGCUAAUACAUGUACUGUAUACAUGUACACGUAAUGUCAUAUACAAACAACAUCGGUGGAGGUCGGCUCAAAUUGGAUAUGAAAUAAGCUAAAUUGUAUUUUUAAUUGUCAAUUUUAAAUGAAACAAGAAUCAUCAGUCAGUCCAUUAUGUGGCUAAUUGAGUUACAAUUUGUCCCACCAGCCACUUGCUUGAAUGAAUUCCCCUAAUUGAUGGAUGGAAUUAUGCUGAUUUUAAGGAUGAAGGUGAAUUGUUCGGUAUGGUCCAUUAUAGAUAAUGAGUUUAAUUUAUUUAUUCUUUGAAAUGUGUUAAUUUGUCCCAAACAAUGAGUCCUUUCAGAACCUUUUCUGGGAAGAACAGAGUCAUUAGCAUCAAACUUCAAACCCCACAAAAUUGUUUUAAGGGAUUUAUACUGACCUCAGUAUUAUAUUGUUGGUUUAUACUGCCAGUGCGGUACUUUAGAUUGUAAAGCACAUCUUAAUGCAGUUUUGUUGGCAAAGCCCUGUUUACAGUUUCACUUUCCAAAUGUUCAUGUUUUAUUCAUGAUUGCUAAUUAUACCCAUUAAUUAUCAGAUUCAAUGUACACACAUGCAUUUUUAGAAGCUUUGUAGAGCUCUACAUAUUCACACAGUAAAUUAAAACCUAUUUUGA